AUGACUUCUUUGCAUCCAGAUUAUACAAUCACAGAUCUUUCAGACAGAGUUGUGAUUAAAAUAGUUUUUAAAGGUCACUCAGCAUCAAAGUGUGAUAUUGUCGUUGCAGAUUUAUACGCAAAAUUCAAUUUAAGUCCAUAUUUUUUAAUUGUCAAUUUUCCUGAAUUUGUUUCAGUGACAAAUGUAAUUGCAUCAGCAAAAGGUCAAGAAUUAGUUGUUCAUAUUGGAAAAGUUGAACCUGAAAAAUGGAAAAAAUAUCCUUGGGAACUUCCUGGACCGGAAGAACUCAAAAAGAGACAAGAAGAAUCUUUAGAAAGACUUUUAGAAUACGAACGUAAGAAAGCAGCGCAAAAGAAACAAGAAGAAGAGGAAGAAAAGAAGAAAUCUUUACAAAAAUCAUGGGAUAUCGAAAAAGAGCAACGUAAAACUCUCGAAGAACGUAUUGAAGAAGAGAAAAAGUACGCUCAAGACUUACUUGCAGGCAAAUAUCUUCCUGAAGAUGAUAUUAAAGAACCAAACAUCAAUGAACAGCCACUUGCACCAACACGAAGUAAACAAGUUUGCGUUACAACACAUACACCUACAUUUAAGAACCUUGCAGCUCGCUACGAUGGUCCUUUGAGAAAAUUUAUUUCUCCACAAAAAGGAGAUAUGUCUCCCCAAUGGAUGAAAGACUCCGGAGAUACCUUCUUCAAGGAUGGCGCUUACACAUCUGCCGUCAAUGCUUAUACAAAAGCAAUUGAAGGUAGCGAUCGUCAGUUUUGCGCUGCAUUUUCAAACAGAGCUCUUGCAAGAAUGAAACUUGGAUAUUACGAAUUCGCUUUACAAGAUUGCAAUGAAGGAUUGGCUUUAAUUCACGAUCCAAUUGUCAGUCAAGAGAUUUGUAUCCUUAAAGUUAGGUUACUUUCUAGAAAGGUUUUCUGUCUUUUUAAACUUGGCAAAUUCUUAGAUGCUUUCCAGGCAAAUACAGAAAUAUUAAAGUAUAUUAAGAAAGAUGAGAAAGUUAAGAAGGAUCUAGAGCAGAUUGCACUUCUUGCUGGUGAUAAAAUCAAGGGUUUGAAGCCUGAUCUUCCUCAUGGAAACAUCGAGGAAAUGUCCAGGCUCAAAACAAUCAUAGAAGAUGGAAAGGAAGAGCCUAUCGAUUUACCAGAAGUAAAGAAGCCUGAAGAAAAGCCUGCUGAAGAGAAACAGGUUGAAUCAAAUUAA